AAUUUUUCAGAAUCUCAUGCAGAUGGAUCAUAUAUUGGAACUGAUAGUGAAACACCUUCUGUUGCUCCAAAAUUUUUAUCACGGGGACAUUUGUAUAAAGUUAUUGUUGGAGAAACUAUCGAACUUCCAUGCAAAGUUCAAAAUUUAGGAUCAUUUGUGCUGUUAUGGAGAAAAGGAUCAUCAGUUUUAACAGCUGGACAUUUAAAAAUAACUAGAGAUGCUAGAUUUAAAAUAGUUGGCGAUUAUAAUUUGCAAAUCAAUGGUGUAAAGACACAGGAUGCCGGUGACUAUAUUUGCCAAUUAGGAGAUCAAGAAAAUAGAGAUCAAGUUCAUACCGUAGAAAUACUAGUUCCACCAACUCUUCGAGCCCUUCCACAUAAUGGACAAGUUACCGCUAGAAAAGGUAGUACUGUUACGCUUGAAUGUAAAGCUUCCGGUAACCCUGUACCGACUAUUUUUUGGUUUAAAAAGGACAUUUUUUCUGGUCCCACACAUCUCUCAGAUAGCUCAACUUUAAUUCUUGAAAAUGUUGAUAGACACCAUGCUGGUAUAUACCAAUGUUCCGCAGAUAAUGGAGUAAAGGAAAGAGUUUCGAUGGACAUUCAACUCACGAUAUUAUCGCCACCAGAAAUAACAGUAGAAAAGUCAUGGGUGCAUGCGGCUGAAGGAUAUGAUAUUGAGUUGGUAUGCGUUGUUCAUGGAGACGUUAAUUCAGAAAUGCUUUGGUAUCAGAACUCCUUCCUUCUUGAUCAAACAGAUAGACGUUCCAUGUAUCCAAGAGACGACAGAUAUAGUCUUAUUAUUAGGAAUUUUCAGUCAUCAGAUUUUGGAAAUUAUAGCUGUGUUGCUGAUAAUGCACUUGGACGCACUAAAAAAUACAUUGAAGUUUCAGGACGACCUGGGCCAGCGGAUUUUAUAUCACCAGCAUUAAGCGGUUCUUUAGAUCACUAUAAUCUUACAUGGACUAUUGAAUCCAUUCCUCCACUUGAGGAAAUAAAGCUUUUAUAUAGACGAUUACUGAUGAACGAAACCUAUCAACACCCUGGAAAAUGGCAUGAAUAUCACAUUAAACCCACUGCUGUGCGUACUGACAGCACACAUUAUAUAAUGUCAUAUGUCAUAAAGAAUCUUGAACAUAAUGCAGUAUAUGAGGCAAUAGUGCAAGCAAGAAACAAAUACGGCUGGAAUGAGAUUAGCGAUAUUCAUCAAUUUUAUACUAGAAAUCACGAUUUGCUGCUUGAUCUAGAUAUGGAAUAUAAAAUGGGUAUAUCGAACGGAGUAAAUACUAAAAUAAGUCUUUUCAAAUUUCUUUUAUGUUUCGUAUAUUUUACUCAAAACCUAUUGUAUUUUUAAGAUAUUAGUUUAAUACUGUAAUUUAAAUACAUAUACAUACAUAUAUUUUACUUUAAUUAUACAAUGUGCCUUACAUUAAGUAUUUAUUUGUAUUUUUUAUGUUUAUUUUUAACAAUCUCCAAUCAAUUAUGUAUAUACAAUAAUUUAGCCGAACGAUUAACAUAAAUAAGGAUUUUAUUCACAAAUAACAUUUAACAAAGUAUUGCUGUUUAAGUUUUUAGCUAACAUUUUGCAUUAAUAAUGCAGACAGAUUUAGAAUACUUUUUGUAAUAAGAAGGCGACUUGGGGUAAAAAAAUGUCACGAUAUAAUUUUCAAAUUCUCUUAAAUUCUUUUUUUUUAAAUUUCGAAAACUAACCAAAAAUCACUAAAAAAUAAAUCAUAAGUUUAAAAAAUUUAUGUAUAUAUAUCCACUAAACAAUUUUUGUCGAAUUCGUAACGAACUCGUAAAGAUAUUAUGCACAAUGUUACGAUUUCGGAUCCGAAUUCCGUUAGAAUUCACUAUGAAAAACGUAUCAUUAUAUGUUGAUUAGGGAUAUACAAAAAUUAGAUUAUGUCACUAAGUGGUAGCCAAUAGUGCUCUAAUAACGAAAACAAGUUUCUUGGGUCAUUUUAGUACAAAAACUAUCCGCAGCAAAUCGAUUUUCUAAAAACAUUCAAAUUUAUAUGAAUUUUUAAUAGUAUAAUCUACAUGUUCGGGAUUAACCGCAGCCCUUAUCUUUGUUUCUUCAACUUAUAGAUACCUUGGAUUAAACAAUGCCACUUGUUCAUAUCACAAAGUUCCUAUCUGGUAUUAAACAAGCAAGAGUCUUAUAUUCGGCUAUGCCGAAUCUUAUAUACCCACCAUCAAACCUCGUUUGACUCGAAUGAAACUGAUGUCGAAUUUCAUCUAUAUACUCGUAUUUUUAGGCCAGUUAUAAGUGUUAAAGUUAUUUUCUGAAGGGGACCUUAUAUGGGACGUAUGGUCAAUUAUAGACCGAUCCUCAUAAAACUUUUACGUUAAAAAAACAGGAGGUAUCAAAAUCUCCUCCUUUACACUUUUGGAUCAAUAUGCUUAAUUUCAUGUUUCUAGAUUCAAUAUUAUAGAAAAUUCAAAAAAGUACCUUCUGAAAAACAAAAACGUACCCAUAGCUUCCCUUUUAUGGGUUCAAUAUUAUAGAAAAUUCAAGAAGUACCUUUUAAAAAGCAAAAAAAAGUACCAAUAAGUUCACUCUUUCGGUUCUCUACUAAUUCCGACUCCAAAUACUUAAUUUCAUGUUUCUAGGUUCAAUAUUAUAGAAAAUUCGUACUUUUUGAAUUUUCUA